GUCGUCUUGAGUAAACUGGGGUCGUUAAUACCGCACCCGCGUGAAAGCCACCGUCUGACGGUUUGCGCUUGACUUUCUUGUGCUUAGACUUGAUCCUUUUGCGCAAAAAAAUCUGUUUCCGUGGAAUUAUCUUUUCCUAUCUUUCUCCUUCCAACGUUGACGACGGCCAAAGCAUCAUCAAAGCGCGUCCGCUUACGCAAGUUUCCUUGGUUUUCCACUUUUAAUUGGAGGACUUUGUUGGUUUUUAUCGCUUGUAGCCCUUUGUUGCUGUGGGUGCUCAGACGACUGAAGCAAUUUAUCAAAGUCACCACUUCCCCAGGAAAUUCAUUGACAGCCUAUAUAAACUUGCUUCUCGAACCUACCUUCUCAAACACCCCUCACUCAGCACGUAAUUUGAAGAACAAACAGUCUCACUAGACAUCAUGAUCCAAUCAUCACCCGCAGAGAUCCCUAACGAUUUGAUGCCCCUCGAUGAUUCUAUGAUCGAGGAGACGCAACAAGCUACUCAAUCCACCCAGCACGCGUCUCAACCGAAUUCUGCAAAUACCAAUAGCCAUCUGUGGGGCUACCUCCAGCCAUGCAGCAACGUGCUUCGCCGCCUCGAUCUUUGGAAAGUUCAACCCGCAGCUUCAGUAGGAAGGGCUCCCGACAAUGAUAUCAUUCUCCCUGGGGGUAAAGUCAGCAAUAAGCACUGUCGAAUCACCUGGGAUGGAAAGGAGGACAAAAACUCCGCAGUGACUGUUCUCGACACCUCCAGCAAUGGUACUUGGAUCAACGGUGUCAAGAUUGGAAAGGACAAAACUGCGGUCCUCAAGGAGGGAAAUGAGAUUGCGUUCGGUUCUCCCCAUCCCCUACCCGGGGACCUUGAAGACUAUCGAUUCAUUUACCGGCACACCGCUGCCGGCCCCCCGCAGGGCGGCCUUCAUGCUCAAUAUGAUAUCAGCCACGAGAUCGGCAAGGGGUCAUUUGCAACUGUCAUGAAGGCUGUGUCGCGUGCGACGGGCCAGUGGUAUGCCAUCAAGGUUAUCCAAGACCAUAAGGUCAAGCGCGCCACUGUCAACAAUAAUGAAACGGCGUUUGCACGAGAGAUCAGUAUUUUGGAACGGCUCCAUCAUCGGAAUAUCUGCCAGAUGAAGGAAGCCUUUUUUGAAGAUAAUAGUAUCAAUCUCGUCCUCGAAUUUGUCGAUGGAGGAGAUUUACUUGAUUACAUAUUAAGAGAGGGCGGUCUUAAGGAGCCGCUGGCUGUCCACAUAAUAGCGCAAGUUUGCGAUGCCCUCGCAUACAUCCAUAGCAAGGGGAUCGCACACCGUGACUUGAAGCCCGAGAACGUACUGCUAACUACGGAAAAUCCCCCCACCGUCAAAGUUGCCGACUUCGGUCUCGCCAAGGUUGUCGAUAGCGUCACAUUCCUCAGAACUAUGUGCGGUACACCCGCAUAUCUCGCCCCCGAAGUUGUGACCCAGCAAAACCAGGAAGGCUAUGAUCACCUUGUUGACAGUUGGAGCGUUGGGGUGAUCGUGUUCUGCAUGUUUACAUUGUCAAGCCCCUUCAUCGAAGAUGAGAAUCAACGUGAUCUCAAGGUCAGGAUCGCAGAACGCACAAUUCAAUGGAGCACUUUAGAUAGUGUAGACGUCUCUCCGCUGGCGAGGAACUUCAUUGUGAGGUUGCUCGAGCAUGACCCUCGGGAUCGUAUGUCUCUGAGCGCAGCCUGCACUCACCCAUGGCUUGCCGACGUUCCAACACUCUCCCAUCUUCAGCCUCGCGCUAUUACCGACUCCUCUGUCGCAUCUAUCCAAGACGGUGCUUCCUGUGUCUCCUCGCUCGACGAAGAUGCGGAGAUGACUGAUGGUUCAAGCGAACCCACGGUAACCGAGGGCCUCGACAAACUCCACCUGCGCCAACAAUCUGCCCGUGCGCCCCUCCAUCAAGAAAUCACAAAUAGCGUGCGAAAUGGGAAGCGCAAGUUGGACCCACAAAGCCCUCCACCGGAUGUGGACGUCGAGAAUGGGAAUCUGAAAAAGCUACGGCGGGUACCGGAAGCAAAUGGCCCCACUACGCGCACCAGAGCUGCAAAGGGACGUGGGCGUGGUGGUGCUUCGUCACCACUGGCGCGAUUGCAGGAAGCAGCGGUUGGGAUGGUCGUAGAGGAGGAGCAUCUAGAGGACGAGGAGGAGGUGGAGGAGGCUGCCAGUGCUGCAUCACAUGCUCCACCGAGAAAAUCUGCUCGCGUAUCUCCCAAGAGGGGAGGACGCCGGGGGUAAGAAGGUGAAUGUGUGUAAUAUCUUAUGCUUGGUUUAUUGGUUGCCUCUCGUCCCAUUUGUAUUGCCAGCGCUUA